CCUCCGCAUAGUGAGCUGCAAUAGGCAUAUCCAUCCGGCCUGCAUAAUGGCUGUGCUCUUAUCCGUAGCGUCAAAAAGGCGGUUAAUUCAUAUGUUUAAUCACGCAAAAUGCGUAAUUUUAUUUAUUUAGCAUCCAUUAUUGAAGUCAUAUUAUUUAUUGUCGCCACACGUUUUGUAUAGACAGCAUCAGGAUCACGCGCUGUUCUCCUGCAAUUGUUCUUACCAUAUUCUCAUGGCGGAGACUAAAAUUAUUUACCAUAUAGACGAGGAGGAAACUCCUUAUUUGGUGAAAUUGUCAGUGGCACCAGAGAAGGUAACUUUGGCAGAUUUCAAAAAUGUCCUCAGCAACCGCCCUGUCAACAGCUACAAAUUCUUCUUUAAGUCAAUGGAUCAAGAUUUUGGGGUUGUCAAAGAGGAAGUCUCUGAUGAUAAUGCCAAACUGCCUUGUUUCAAUGGAAGAGUGGUGUCAUGGCUUGUAUUGGCUGAAAGCUCCCACACUGAUGGAAUGUCAGUGUGCACCGACAGUCAUACUGAGUUGCCUCCUCCGCUAGAAAGAACGGGAGGCAUCGGAGACUCCAGACCCCCCUCAUUCCAUGCUAAUGCUGUGAACAGCAGAGAUGGGCUGGACACAGAGACUGGAAGCGAGUCUGUUCUCCGCCACCGUCGAGAACGGGACCGAGAAAGGACCAGACGGAGGAGAGAAGAAUUCCCACGUGUGAACGGUCACUCUAAAGCUGAGCGGGUGGUGAGGAACACAGCCAUGGGCUGUGACAGCGCCUCCAUGAUGAGCAGUGAGCUGGAGUCAAGCUCCUUCAUUGACAGCGAGGAGGAUGAAAAUGCUAGCAGACUGAGCAGUUCCACAGAGCAGAGCUCCUCUUUUCAGUUAAUGAAGAGACACAAGCGCAGACGGCGGCGACACAAAGUGGCCAAAAUUGACCGGUCCUCUUCCUUCAGCAGUAUCACAGAUUCAACCAUGAGCCUCAAUAUCAUAACAGUUACACUUAAUAUGGAGAAGUAUAACUUUCUUGGCAUCAGUAUAGUGGGCCAGAGUAACGAUAGAGGAGAUGGUGGUAUCUACAUUGGCUCUAUCAUGAAGGGAGGAUCUGUGGCAGCGGACGGGAGGAUAGAGCCAGGAGACAUGCUGUUACAGGUAAAUGAUGUGAACUUUGAAAACAUGAGCAAUGAUGAUGCUGUGAGGAUCCUCAGAGAGAUUGUUUCAAAGAAUGGGCCUAUUAGUCUCACUGUUGCCAAAUGCUGGGACCCUUCUCCUCGCAGUUACUUUACGAUACCCAGAGCUGAACCGGUUAGGCCCAUUGAUCCGGCAGCAUGGAUUUCCCACACUACUGCACUUACUGGAUCUUACCCACAAAAUGGUACAGUCUUCUUUCUGGCAGGUGACAGCAUCUUCUUGGUUGCAAGGCAUGUCCCUAAUCAUCCUGUUGUCCUUGUGCUCUUCACAGAGUUUGAUGAUCUCCCUCUUACAGUGGGAAAGACAGACAUGGCCACUAUUGUGAAGGUGAUGCAGCUCCCAGACUCAGGACUAGAAAUAAGGGACAGAAUGUGGCUGAAGAUUACCAUUGCUAAUGCCGUUAUAGGAGGUGAUGUAGUUGACUGGCUGUACUCGCGGGUUGAAGGAUUCAAAGACCGGCGGGAUGCAAGGAAAUAUGCCAGCAGCCUGCUGAAGCACGGCUAUCUCAGACACACCGUCAACAAGAUUACCUUCUCUGAACAGUGCUACUACACAUUUGAAGAUCUCUGUCAAAAUAUGGCUACACUAAACUUGAAUGAGGGUUCAAGUGGUGGUGGUUCAGAGCAGGAUACAUUGCCCCCUCUCCCUCCACCAUCCACUAACCCUUGGCCCUUGGGCGGCCAGCCCUUUCCUUACCCACCCUUCUCCACAGCGCCCUCUAGCUUCCCUCCAGGAUAUUCCGACCCCUGCCACAGCUUCCACAGUGGCAGUGCAGGAAGCCAACACAGUGAUGGAAGUCGAAGCAGUAGUUCCAACCCUAGUGUUGGGAGGAGUCAGAGGCCUGUGCCAAGGGACAAACACCGCAAGUCAGCAGGCAGUGGGGGAAGCGAAUCAGAUUCAGGCAAUCGAGCGGGUGGGAGGCGGGGUGAACGUUCAGCCAGCCAGUUGAGUCACCGUAGCCAUGCUGUGUCAUCUCACAGCCACGCCCACUCCGGACACAGCCACACUCAUUCCCGGGUUCCCUCUCAACAUAGCCGCCGCACAUCCUUUUCAUACAGCCACACCCCCUUUACCAAGUUUGGCCACACCUCUUGUGCACUUAGCGAACGGAGCCAUGCUUCUUCUUACGGACCACCAGGCUUGCCUCCUCCCUACAGUCUGGCCAGAUUGACUCCUAAAGGGGCAAUCAGCAGCGGCCCCCCAGGGGCCCCACCAGUAAGGGAGCUAGGGGCCAUACCUCCUGAGCUUACCGCCAGUCGCCAGUCCUUCCAGCAUGCAAUGGGCAACCCAUGUGAGUUUUUUGUGGAUAUAAUGUGAUCAUCUGAUGAUAUCAGAACAGUACACUGAAACUCGUUCCAUAACCUCAUACAGCCACUCUGUUGCCUUGAUGUGUGUUUAAAGAUGCAGCCAGUGUCAUAAAGAAUACAUGGUCAGCUUUUACCAACUGCAACGGGUUUGCUCUCUUGUCGUGUGUUGAGCAGAAGGCAAAUUCAUAUUUAAAUCUGAAAGUUUGACAACAAAAAGAGAAACAAAGUCUUUUAUCCAAUUUUCCUGUUACCAUUGACAAAAUGGCAGUGUACAGACAAACUUUUAAGAGAACCAAAGCCUACAUGCCAGAAUAUGUACCAAGGUUAAACUACUUUGAUUUUUAACACACAAACCAUCAGAGUCAGUACAGCUAUUUGGACUUGCCAGAAUAAAACAUACAAAACCAGCGGCCACAAUUUACAAGUACGCUGAAUAAACUGCUGUAAUUCACAGCAUGUCCGCUAAUCUUCUAAGUGUUUUACACUAAACAAGACUUUCGGAUUGAACCAUGUGUGAAGUUUACUACAAUAACAUUUCUGUAUUAUAAGAGAAGUUGUAGACAAUUUAGCAACAGGUAGGUCUCAGUUUAUAGAUCUCCCCCAUUCAUUUGUAUGGUAGCCACAAACCAUGAUUUACUGUUGUAAAACUCUUAACAUUGUUGAUUGGUUUAGAAGACUCACGUGAGCCAAGUUGACAGUUACGCUCUCUCCUAUGGUAGAGUUGCGGAGGUUGUUAACUCGGUAUAUAGAAGAAUCUCUGACGUUCAAAAAGUAGAGACAAUCAGAUGAUGCCCUCUGCUGGUCAGGAGCUCCAGUGGUUCGCAACCCUGUACCUGGAGGCUCCCCAACACUGCACAUUUUGUAUAUCUCACCUAACACACCCAAUUCAGGUCUUGGAGUCUCCACUAACGAGCUGAUGAGUUGAAUCAAGUGUGUUUGAUUAGGGAGAUAUCCCAAAUGUGUAGUGUUGGGGUGGUUCCAGGAACAGGGUUGAGAAUUCUAGGCUUCUGUCCAGUCAAAAAAAAUUAUUUUAUGAUGCUCAUGACAUGAUUAAUUCUUAAAUCUCUUGUGCACUACAAAGCUGUCUGGGAUGGUGAUAAAUAUGAGAGAAAUUAAUCAUUUUGAACAUGUUUCCAAUUAUUUUUGGUUUGAAAUAUGGUAGCAUGGCUCCCUUGGCUGUGAAGCACUAGCUUGAAUUUUUUUCUGGGUAAUCAAAUAAGCCCCCAAAGCUUCUGGAUAUCAGGGUAAAUUCAAGAACCAGCACUUUUAUGUGUAUGUCCAAAGCAAAUUGAUGCAAAUCCAAAAUUUGUUGUAUUUAAAAUUAUGUUCUUAUAUAUUGUCUGUAUGGCCUACAGAGACUCUUGCCCCUGGGAUGAUGUGUGUGAUGUGAUAUCUGGUGCUGGUAACCUGUUAAUCAAGGUGUCUCAAAGAGAAAACGUUUUUCUAUAAGAAAUUGAUUUGCUAAAAAAAAGUUUAAGUGAAGGAAGAUUAGUUAGGAAAUUGUAUGCUACUGUAUGUGUAGUAUGUAAUCAUUUACAUGCUGUCAGCUCAAGAUACAGAGCUUGUGCCCUUUUAUUGUGAAACAGUGUACAUCGGAUCAGAUGUGUUGUCUAUUUUUCUCCCUUUGCAAGAUUUUGGGGGAAAGCGUUGUACAUGGUUGAUUUUUAUUGUAUAUAUGCAAAUAGUUAAUUGUAUAAAAGACAUGUACAAAGCUUCUGGUCAUGCAUUUAUGUAGUUAUGUAUAAUAUAAAUUGCACUCUGUGUAGGUGUUUGAAUUACUGGACUUUGUUGAAACCAUUUGUUUUUGUCUUUUUAUCAUUCUGCUCUUCGUCUUGUAUUUGUCC